AUGACGAGGGAGAAGCAGGUCGCCACUCUGCGUCCCUCGUCGUCAUCGGUGAGGCUGCUGGCAGAGGUCGUGGGCGGCACCACAGCAGAGUGCGCGGCGGUGUGCUGCUGCUGCCCCUGCGGCCUCAUGAACCUUCUCGUGCUCGCCACGUGCAAGGUGCCAGUGGGGCUCUGCCGGAAGGCGCUGAGGCGGAAUCGCCGCCGCAGGCUGUUGAAGAAGGGACUGCUGCCGUCGGCCAAGUGCACAUCCGACGACAAGGACUUCCAGAUUCACCCCGCGCCGUCGAGCGCGGAGGUGAUGGAGCUCGAUAAGGAGAUGUUCGAUCAGUUCUAUAGCGGCGGAUUUUGGAGGAGCUGA